AUGGUCAACAUCAUUCUGAAACUCUGGCGGGAGCCGCCGCCUUUCUGGCCAUUGCCAAUGCAUCGCCUGCCGAAGUCGUACGUUCUGAUGAAAGCGAUUCAAUUCCACAGGAAUUCAUCGACGAAGUGCUUGCUUAUUUCAAAGCUCAUCCUGUAA